AUGGCCGUUCUUGAAGCAGACGUUUGUUGUGGGUUGGAAAAUGUUGCAAUUCCAGCUGUUAGCGACGUAGAAGGCACAAUAUUGUCUGAUAUUAAGUACACUCCCACCAAUGUUGCUGGUCCAGGAGCCCCAACAGACCCCAGUGAGAUCAUGUACGCCGGCUGUGACUGUCAAACUCCCACUUGCCCCUCGGACUGCCCCUGUAUCCUCCGAUAUGGGCCGACAUACGACAACGCUGGCUGCCUUCUGACAGAAGAAAGAGAAAACUUCCUCCGCUGCAAACCAAUCCUGGAGUGUAACUCCUCCUGUCGGUGUGGGGAAAAGUGUUAUAACCGUGUUGUACAGAAGGGUGUCUCCUUAAAACUCGAAGUCUUCCGCACCCCUCGAAAAGGAUGGGGACUGCGGGCUGCUGAGAGAAUACCGUUAGGAAGAUUCGUGUGCGAGUACGCCGGGGAGGUACUCGGGUUACAGGAGGCAAGGAGAAGAACUCGGAACAUGAAACACGAAGAUAUGAACUACAUUCUCACUCUCAGGGAACACAUCGCAAGUGGAAGGGUAGUAGAGACACAUGUGGAUCCUACCUACAUAGGGAAUGUUGGUAGAUACAUCAACCACUCCUGUUCUCCAAACUUGCUCAUGCUACCAGUCAGGGUGGACUCGGAGGUCCCCAAACUUGCCCUCUUUGCCAGGAAGGACAUAGAAGUAGGAGAGGAGCUUUCGUUCGACUAUUCCGGAGAGUACGGCAACGUCGCAACUCAGAAAAAGUUACAGAAGGAAAGAGAGAAGAGCAAAGACUGUUCAAAACUGAAACCGUGCUUCUGUGGGUCUGAGAUGUGUGCAGGAUUUCUACCUUUUGAUCCAAGUCUGUAUCAAGUGCAAUCAAAGUAAAGACUAAUCAAACAACAUCAAGAUGAUGACUUUUACCUAGUCAUUUUAAUUGGGUUUACACUUGUUUUAUACCAUCUUCGUCCAAAGUAGAGCCUAUCUUUUUUUUCAAAAGCACAUAUUAACUUAUUAAGCACCCAUAGAGUGAAGCAACUGUUUAGUAUCAGUCAACAUAAUCACUGGAAUAAAAAGCUACUUAUUUUCAAACCUGUUGAUAAA